CAGUCCUAAACCUGCGCACUUAUAAUAUUAUCCUACGCACCUGUCCCUUCUCUCUCUUCGUCUGCAAAUUUCCGGUAAAUAAUGGGGGGUUCGCUUCCACCCAAGGAGGCCAAUCUCUUCAAGCUCAUUGUUAAAUCAUAUGAGACUAAGCAGUAUAAAAAGGGAUUGAAGGCUGCAGAUGCUAUCUUGAAAAAGUUUCCAGAUCAUGGAGAAACAUUGUCUAUGAAGGGGUUAACAUUGAACUGCAUGGACCGCAAAGCUGAGGCAUUUGAACUUGUCAGGCGUGGACUAAAGAGCGACCUUAAAAGUCAUGUUUGCUGGCACGUUUAUGGCCUCCUAUAUCGAUCAGAUAGGGAGUACCGAGAGGCCAUCAAAUGCUACCGAAAUGCUCUAAAGAUUGAUCCAGACAACGUUGAAAUACUUAGAGAUCUCUCUCUAUUACAGGUUGAAACUCUAUAUACAGGACUUUAUUUCUUGAAGUGGUCUCGUACAAUCUACAAACUACAAAAUUCUUGUCCUUGUUUGCUGUACUUACAAACUGUAAGCAAUUAUCUAAAUCACAGAGGUAAUUAGAGUGGUAAAGCAAAUAAUUCCAUA